AUGGAAUGUCUAUUCUACACGCAUACAAAUAUCUUAGACUUUAAACCAUCAAAGCACCUUCGUGGUAAUCUUCUUGUUCCCAUUAAUUCAACAAAUGAAAUUUAUAAAACAAAGUUUAAUUCCCAAUCUCAUUAUUGAUUAUUAUUCUCACAUAUAUUACUAACCAAAACGAAACAAACAAGACUUUGAUCAGCUAGCAGCAUCAUUUAUCAUCAUCUUCAUAAUGGCUUAUCCUUAUAAGCCUUCUGCCUCUGCACCACCGAUGCCGGCGCUUCCCACCACCAUAAUAGGCCCUCAAUACUGUGCUCCUUAUCACUUGGAUCUUGCGGUCGUCAAAAAAGUCUUGACUAUUUCCGAUGGAAAUUUCGCUGUCACCGAUGUCAACGGCAACAUCAUCUUCAAAGUUAAGGGUUCUUUCUUAACCCUCCGUGACCGUCGUGUCUUGGUUGAUGCCGCCGGUUACCCAAUCACCACCUUACGUCGCAAGAUAGCGACUAUGCAUGAUACGUGGAAAGCUUAUAGGGGUGAAAGCACAAACUCUAAAGAUCUGAUAUUUACAUUAAAAAGAUCAUCCCUAAUCCAGUUUAAGACCAAAUUAGAUGUGUUUCUAGCUAGUAACAAAAAACAAGAUGUUUGUGACUUUAAAGUCAAAGGUAGUUGGUUCCAACGAUCUUGCACUGUUUAUGCUGGUGAAUCUAACAACAUUGUUGCCCAGAUGCACAAAAAACACACUGUUAAGAAUAUUUUAAUUGGUAAAGACCAUUACAUGGUCACGGUUUAUCCCAAUGUUGAUUACGCUUUCAUAGUGGCGUUAAUUGUCAUUCUUGACGAGAUUAACGAUGAUAGUAGGCAAUGAUUAUUUUUACUAUGAUUAUUGUUACUACUUCUCUACCCUCACAUGAAUUGAGGGUAUAUGUCCUAUGCUGACAUGUCACCAAUCAAAUUCAGUCAUAUAUGUGUCAGAGUCAAACAUAAAUAAUUUUUUACAAAAAAGUAAUUUUAAUUACUUUAAUUUUCAAAUAAUUAUAUUUUAGGUUACACAUAUUCUUAUCAUUUACUAAAAAACACUUUUCAUAAAUCCUAUUCAUCUUUUCUUACGAUUCAUCUUUUCUUACUUCGUAAGAUCAAAUUUUUUCGCUGGCGCUUCGCCUGUCAACGCCGCUUCACUUGUCCUCGUCGCUGCUUCCUAAUUACUCUCUGUCGAUAUUCCUUGAGGGAUUUGUAAUUGCUAUUUGAAUUGUUAAAUCGACAAAUAGUGAUUAAAACAUACAAGAGAAUAAAAAAUAAAAUCAAUGUUACCUAGAUGAACAGAUUCUGGAACAAACGUAGCCAAAACAAAAUUCUGAAAGACAAUUGUGAAGAGGCCGAUGAUGGAGAAGUGAUUCUGGAGCCUAUGGAAGCGGCGAUCUUCAAGGAUCACAAGUGAAGCAGCGACGACGACAAGUGAAGCGACGACGACAAGCGAAGCGUCAGCAAAAAAAUUUGAUCUUACGGAGAAAGAAAAGAUGAAUUCAUAAGAAAAAAUGAAUAGGAUUUGUGAAAAGUGUUUUUUAGUAAAUGAUAAGAAUAUGUGUAACCUAAAAUAUAAUUAAUGAAAAGUAGUAACCUAAAAUAUAAUUAUUUGAAAAUUAAAGUAGUUAAAAUUACUUUUUGGUAAAAAAAAAUAUUAAUGUUUGACUUGGACACAUAUGACUGAAUUUAAUUGGUGUCAUGUCAGUAUAGGACACCUACCCUCAAUUUAUGUGAGGGUUAAUUAGAAAAAUCCUUAUUUUUUUGGUUAAUGUUUACCAUGUAUUAUUGAAUUAAGAGAUAGAUUAUAGAUUGAAGUGACAAUUAU